CGAGACGCGACGAGACCAAAGUCACUUGCAACUAAUCAACAUAAACACAAAAUAAAUUUACAAAUUACAGGCAGUACAGAUGUCUGAAGUCCGUCAGAGAAACGUACCUGAUAAAUCUGAAAAUGAAUUAAAGGCAGAGGAUGUAUCAACACCAAAGCAGGAAGCAAAGACUCCAGACACCGACGAAGAGGAAGAAGUCCCGCUGUUCAAUCCAAAUGCCUCGAGGGAGCUUCCUCAAGCAUCUGAUCAGACUACAGAGGCCAUAGACUCUGCACUAAAAGACCUCACACCAAGAUGGCGCAACUGGAUAAUACGUGGUAUAUUUACGUGGGUUAUGAUUGGUGGAUUUGGGCUAAUCAUCUAUCUCGGACCACUGGCAUUAUGCACCAUGAUAAUGUUGCUGCAGAUCAAAUGUUUCCAUGAGAUCAUCACAAUUGGUUAUGUUGUUUACAAGUCGUACGAGCUUCCAUGGUUUCGUACCCUCAGCUGGUACUUUCUGUUUGCUUCAAAUUAUUACUUCUACGGUGAAAGUUUGAUUGAUCACUUCGGUCUUUUACUGCACAGAGCUGAGUUCAUGCGACCGUUUGUGAAUUACCAUCGUAUUAUAUCAUUUUGCUUGUAUGUGGCUGGCUUUGUCUCGUUUGUUAUGAGCUUGAGAAAGAGGCACUACCUGAAACAGUUCACAAUGUUUGGCUGGACCCAUGUGACAUUGCUACUGGUAGUGACCCAGUCUCAUUUGAUCAUGCAGAACAUCUUUGAAGGACUCAUAUGGUUCCUGCUUCCAAGUUCCAUGAUAAUCUGUAAUGACAUCAUGGCGUACAUGUUUGGAUUUUUCUUUGGGAGAACUCCUCUCAUCAAAUUGUCACCAAAGAAGACAUGGGAAGGAUUUAUUGGUGGUGGUCUCUCAACUAUUGUAUUUGGAAUGGCGCUGGCGUGGUUCCUGAUACAGUUUGACAUGUUGGUGUGCCCGAUCAUGUAUGAUGAUGAUAAAGGUCAGAUAUCUAUGGAGUGUGAGAGACAUCCUGUGUUCCUCCUCGAGGAAUAUAACCUGCCUGAAACCAUUCAACUUCUCUUUAAACUGGUAGGGAUACCCUGGUACACUGUGAAGAUGUAUCCAUUUAUGUUGCACUCUGUCUCAAUGUCCACCUUUGCAUCAGUGAUUGGACCAUUUGGAGGAUUCUUUGCCAGUGGUUUCAAAAGAGCAUUUAAAAUAAAGGAUUUUGGAGAUACAAUCCCAGGUCAUGGAGGUAUCAUGGAUAGGUUUGACUGUCAGUUUCUCAUGGCAACAUUUGUACAUGUUUACCACUCCAGUUUUAUAAAAUUGCCAAAUCCUUCCAAGGUGAUUCAGAGUGUGUUAUUGAUGAGCGUAGAACAGCAGCGACAAGUGUUCCAGAUGUUACAAGAGAAAUUAACUGCCCGUGGAGUAAUAUAAACUCCAUUUAGCCUGUGGUCAGCUUUGCCUAGUCAUCUCAACUAAGGCAUUACGUUUAUGUAACAUAGAACGUUAACAACCAACAUUGUAAUACUUGUUCUUUGAACAUAUUACAACACAUUAUAAAUGUGAAAGUUUUUUGAAAGGUUUUUGUAGAUUGUUUAUUGUCUAAUUUAAGAUUGCAAUGUAAAAAUAGAAAAUUGACUCGUAGAUAUUGAUAAGUUUGUUGGCAGAUGUAAAAGGAAUGUAGAAAAAUAUAGACAUGUUACUGUAUAAUGAAUUCUCAAAGUAAGCAAAUAAAUCCGAAAUGCUCAUUUUGUAAGAGAAUUGGUAGAUGAUGUAAUAGAUAUGUGAAUGGUGCUAGGAUUUGAUAUGAUGAAAGAAAUGUUUCCGGUUGGGUAAAUUAUUUGUAUGUUUGUGCAUAUUACAGCAAUUCUUAUGGGUAACUUAUGAUGGUGAUUUGCACAACACACGGCAUCAGACUCUGAUACUUGGCUGUUGCAACUGGAUGUUUUUGGGGACAUACUUGCAAUAUUUAAACUUCAUUAUCAAAAAGUUUAACUUACAUUUUCUGGUUACAAUGUUUGAUUUUUGUUAAGUUGCAAAGAAAUCCAAUAGACAGAAAAUUGAUGAAAUUAUUUUCUAAUGUUUGUGUUUAUUCUUUUAUCUUUAAGGUGAUUAUUUAAAGCUGUCAGGCAGUAACACAUCUGCCAGUGUUAAUUAUCGUUUAUUCAUUUCUUCAGAGUGAUUGUAUACUUGUAAAAUAAUUUUUGAUGAAAAUAAUUUUCUAGAUGUUUGUGAAAAACACUUGGAUUAUAGAUAUUUUUUUUUCUUUCUAAUUUUACAUUACAAGAUGUGAUAAUUGUGAGGGGCCAAACAUUCAACUAAGCAUGUAAAUUACAAUGUUAUAAAUUUUAUUUUAGUUAUAGAAGAUUAUUUGCCCCAGUUAAUUUUGUUCUUAUUCCUUACCUUUUUAGCUUAAAUUGAAAGAUAAUUUGAUCCACAAGCACACUUAAACAUUACUCGCACGUUCACAGAAAUGACACACAAUCACCAGCCAACAUGUACCACAGUCACAUCUACAGUAAAGCAUCAGUGGUUUAAGGGUGAAAGUUAAGAGUAAAAUGACUUAAGUUAUCAGGGAUUUCAAGCAAUCCAAAAACAGAAAAAGAUCAGGAAAACAACUAUGGAUUGCUGGACUGAGCACAGGUGCUUGAGCAAGCAAUGCUCCACUGAGCAGUAUUUCACGUAUAAACAUGGAUGAAACUCAUUGAAUAAUUACACAAAUUUUACUAUUGAAAUAGUCAUAUACGUGUAUAUCAUUCAGUUUCCCAAGUUUUUUUUAAAUGAUUAGAGAUUUUUUAUAUACAAAUUUAUGUAGUAUGUGUGAACCAUUUGGUAUGUAUAUUCAUCAAAUUUUUAUCAAUAAAAUAGGGUUUUUUUUUUUACUGAAAAUUACCUUUUAGAGUAAUUUUGAUAAUAAAACAACAUAAAACACAGUAAAUCUACUGGCACAUAGGAUAAAAAUAUUGGGGGGCAAAUGUCCAUUCUAAAAAUAAGAAGUGGGGGGGGGGGGGGCAAAUGUCCUAUCUGCCAUUUCAACUGGGGGGCAAAUGUCUGGUAGUACAUUUUUUCAUUGGGGGGCAAAUGUCCUACAACCGUAAUUGCAAAGGUCUUAGCUAAUUUCUUUCUACAUGAUUUUGCUGCUUUUGAUACUGUUAAAUUUAGAUGCAGAAUUCAUUUUGAUCCUACAAGCAUUAGUUCUCUCCAGAGAUUCAGCAAAGUGUUUUUGCCUAAUGAAUGUUGCAUUCUGCUUAUGCAUUUAACAUUUAUAAUCAUGAGAUAGAAAACAGUCAGGGCUCAACUGAUCCAUUUGUUUGCUGACAAGUAGAAAUCGGGUCAAGACAAGUGGAACUUACAGUAGUACUUGACCUGCAACAAUAAAGAAACUGCGGAAAUGUCGGAACUAUGUCAUCACCGAAAUGAAGGCUGACUUUUGAUUUUGCAACUCUAAAUUCCAUCUGGUUCUGUUACUCCAUUGUGAUCACUUUAGCUAGAUGCUUGUUAGUCCACAUUUCUUGAUAGUCCAUGAUACUUGUAUAUCAAUACUUGUAUUUUUUGUUAUACAGGACAAAAUAGGCAUAUUAUGAUAACACAGUUUUUCUUUAAUGAAAAGCAGGACAAGUCCAAUUCGUAUAAGAACAAGUGAAAAUACUAUGCAGCUAGUCCUGCAGGACUUGCUUUCAAAGAAUUUAUAGAGUCCUGACUGAUUUACUUGUAGUGCCAUGUUUGAUUUUGGUCUCGUAUUUUGUGUUCUAUGCUAUUUAUAUGAUACUAAAAAGAUCCGGCACCAAAAUGAUAUUAACAGUAAUUUGACAGUUUAUUUAUCAAUGUUUUUAAACACACCUUCCCUCCCCCCGCCAGUAGGUAGGCAGGUCAUGACUGGCAGUUGACCCCUAUUGAUUUAAGGUUAGUUGCUCAAAGGUCAAGGUAAUCUUAAGCUGAAAAUCAAUUUCCGAUUGAUAUCUGAUUAACACUUUAGACUACAGUUGUCAAACUUCAUAGGAUGAUUGUCUGUGGUCUGUAUAUGAUCCAUAUAUAUCAGCAGGUCAAAGGUCACUUAAACAGUGACCUCAAGAUGGAUCAGUAACAUAAGAGUUCUUUGGCCUACUGCCUUAAAGCUUCAUAGGAUGAGGGUCUAUGGUCAGUAAUGACCUUUAUUAUUUUGGGGCACAGUAGGUCAAGGUCACAGUGACAUUGACACUGAAAACAGUUCCAGCUGAAUAACUUUAAAACAUGUUGCCAUACAGUUCACUAACUUCAGAGAAUGAUUGCCUUUGGUCAAUUGAUGGUCCUUACAGUGUUUGGGGUCAGUAGAGCUAGGUUAUAAUGAUCUUGGGACUGAAAAUGAGAUAGACCACCAUGGAGGGUGUGUUUACAAACAGCUUUUAUUUUAUAUGUAUAAUCAUUUAGGCAAAUGUCUACUUCAGGAGAAUGAUGAAAUGAAACCCUGAGAUUGGCUUUCAAUCUUCCUGAAUUGCAGUUUUUCCCUUGAAUAUUAAAGAAAACGAUGUUUGGUAAAAAUAGAAUUAUUGAAAUAUUGUGAUACAUAUUUUCAGAAUUUCUGUUGUAACCAAUUUUCCAACAUAAAAGAGUUCACAGUAUAUUGUGCAAUAUUCAUACUAGUGUGAUAUUCUCUUAGUGUCAUGAAGGUGUGUGAUGUUUUGUCCAUCGCAUGCAAAAUGAUGCAUGUGAAUGUGUGUGACAUAUUUUACCAUAAUAGUCCUAAUAAAUAAGUAUAUGUGUAUUCAGUUUUUGCAUUUUAUGAGUGCAUGAAAGUUAACUUGUACUUCCUGUAACUAUUUUAUCAUUAUUUUUAAGACCUCAUUUUGUUGCCAUCUUAAAGAAUAUAUGAUAUGCUGUGUUAAUUUGAUGUACAGUUUAAGAUUUACUAGAUAUUUAUUUUGAUGUAAGUGAGAUGUGAAACCAAAAUUUGUAGUCCUGUUUGGCGCCAUAUUACCUAUACUGUGUUGGUGCGCCGUAAAACCCAAAUAAAUAAAUAAAUUGUGAUUAACAGAUGUUUAAGAAACAUGCUUAUAGAGGGUAGCUGCAUGAUAAAUGCAACAUGUGACACUAAUGGAUGGUACCCGCUGCAUGCUAACUGCCACAUCUGUCACUAAUGGAUAGUACCCGCUGCAUGCUAACUGCCACAUGUGACACUAAUGGAUGGUACCCACUGCAUGCUAACUGCCACAUGUGACACUAAUGGAUGGUACCCACUGCAUGCUAACUGCCACAUGUGACACUAAUGGAUGGUACCCGCUGCAUGCUAACUGCCACAUGUGACACUAAUGGAUGGUACCCGCUGCAUGCUAACUGCCACAUGUGACACUAAUGGAUGGUACCCGCUGCAUGCUAACUGCCACAUGUGACACUAAUUGAUGGUAGCUGCAUACUAACUGCCACAUCUGUCACUAAUUGAUGGUAACUGCAUACUAACUCUUGUAAAGAUUUUAUGUUCACUUGUUCACCAUGAAGAAUAAGUUUAAAAUACAUUUUUGGCUAAGUUUAACUGAAAGUCAUAUCUCUUUGUUUGAAAUUUUCUUCACAGUACCACACUAUGGAGUAGACAUAGGAGUUAAAGACCUUUUUUUUCAAAAGUUAUACCCUUGGGUGAAAUUGAAAACAUUGUUUGAAUAAAGUUUGACCAUUCUUAUGUAAAACUGAAAUAUUUACCAGAUGUUUACCUUUUUUUAUUUUCAAAAUAUUUAACUAACUAUAUUUAGUUCAAAAUGUGGAAACUGCCAGCCCUGUACCAUUUAAAGUUUCAUUUUUGUUAUAAUUAGAAGUUUUUAAGUUAAUGUGAUGACAAUAUUAAAAAUAACUGUUUUGAUAUGCAAUUUAUGUUAAAGGUUAUAUUAUAAUAUAUGUUCUUUACCAGUUUGAUUUUAUUUGUAAAAUAGUUUAUAAUUUGUUUAUAUAUUAACUACAUUUUACAGUGUGUGUUUUUUUGUUACAUGCCCUAACAUAUUACAUUUUAUUUGUUUUUUUCUUACCAAUGUUUGUGUAUAUAUGUCAUAGUGAAUGAUAUGGCAGCUGUAGUUAAAUUUGUUCUUUAAAUUUUUAAAUCCUUCAAGCUUACUGGUCGGAGACCAACCACUGGACACUUUUUAAACUUUUUUCAUGAUAUCUCCAGUAAUUUUUAUACCCUAAACUUGAAAUUUCAACUGAAUAAAGUUAGGUCAUCCUCCAAACUAAAGAGCAUAUUUGUUUACCUCUAAAUAUCAAUUGCAUGUGUUUUUGAGGCCCAGAAAUGGGGGCCCUCUAGUUUUUGUGAUGGGCCUCAACGAAAUUUUUGCACAUGCACAGUGAAUCAUAUUCCACUUCCCCUAUGAUGUAAACAUACAUGUUUUGUGCGGAACGAAAUAAAAGGUAAUUUUUGUGUCAAAUACUUGCAUUCAAAGGAUGUUGCUAUGGAAUCUUGUUGGAAAGCAAGUGUCUGAUUGGCAACAAAUGAUCAAUGCUAGUGACAAAGUAAAGCGUUUAUUGGGGUGUCCAGGUUUGAUGGUUGUCUGGAUUUGUUGAUCGCUGACCAGUACAUGUGUUUUCAGUUUACAAAAAUUUCACUCAAAUAUGAGUCUAAUUUUUCAGUUUAGUUCCAAGAAAUGUUUGUUCAGGUAAAUGAAAGGUGUCUGAAGACAGUUAUUUUUACAGAAUAGUGUUCCUGUACCCCAUCAAGAGUUGUAGUAUCCUGUUAUUAUAAGUUGGCAUUCUUUCUUAAUUGUCCUGUAUUUAAGGGAUUAUAUACAAUAAUUGUAUUACUGUAAUAACUUUAAUACUUUAAUAUGAUACAUUGUAUAAUUAGAUAUACUAAGAUUUUCUUGAUUUGUCUUAAGUGAUUUGAACUGUUCAGAUGUAGUUUGUGGUAUAUAUUCUUGGUGGUAAACAAAACUUUCUUAGUACGUAAUAGCAUUUAAUAAGCAAAGUAAGGCGGAUUGUAUUUUACAUAACAUUAUAAGGUUGAAUAUAUACUAUAAUUUUUUGAAUUUCAGAUUGUAAGCAAGGGUUUUAGUGGUCUCUAAGCAUCUGAACAGCUACAUUGAGGCACCAUUUUUAAUAAAGUUCAGUACUUCUAGUUACCGGUGAUUUGUUUGAUAUUACAGGAUUCUUGAUGUGAUAAUUAUCAUUAUAAAAUGUAAUAUAAUUGAUUAACUGGACACUAGAUACAACAGUUGUCAUUACAAAAUUAAAUAUUGAUUAAUAGGAUACUAGAUAUGACAGUUGUCAUUAUAAAAUGUAAUAUAAUUGAUUAACAGGAUACUAGUUAUCAUUACAAUAUGAAUUAUUGAUUAACAGGAUACUAGAUAUGACAGUUAUCAUUACAAUAUGAAUUAUUGAUUAACAGGAUACUAGAUAUGACAGUUAUCAUUACAAUAUGAAUUAUUGAUUAACAGGAUACUAGAUAUGACAGUUAUCAUUACAAUAUGAAUUAUUGAUUAACAGGAUACUAGAUACGACAGUUGUCAUUACAAAAUGAAUAAUUGAUUAACAGCAUGUAUGACAGUUAUCAUUAUAAAAUUAAAUAUUGAUUAAUAGGAUAUUAGAUAUGAUAGUUAUCUUUAUAAAAUGUAUUAGUAUAAUAUUGAUUAUUAGACACUUGUUUCAUGAAGCUUGACUGAAAUUAAAUGGUCUGGAUGUUCAGUGUUUGCCUAGGUAUGUUUACUUUAAUGAAGGAUUGUCAUCAGAUGGAUUUUGAAUAUUUACUAAUACAUGAAUCUUUGGGAUUUUUAUUUUCUAAUAGGUAGGACAAUAUAAAUGAGCGGUAUUGCUGCUAUGUUGCUUUGUCAAGACACUUAAUAGUCAUAACACAAGACUCCAGUUUGAAGUUGAUGACAACCAUCAAAUUGUGCAUUAAGUAUACAGUGUGUAUAGCGGCAUUUUACUUGAUUACUUACCUGUACUUUAAUUUUUGUGACAUUUGUCUUUUCUAUGAAACUGAUUAAUCUAUACAUACUUUUUGAAGGGCUUCACAAAUUACCUCAGAAUAACUUGAAUGCUUUCCUUUGAACAGUGCCAAAAUGUACUUUAUCCUAAAACAAUAUUGCCUAAAAUGGUCAUUUUCUGUCAUUUUUAACAUCCAAAGCCUUAUUGUUUAUAGUUUUAAGCUUGUAUUAAACAUUUGGAUGCCAUUGUUUGGUAACAUUAAUUAUCAGAGGUUGUGAAAAGUCAUUUAGUUCAUUUGUAACAUAACCAUUACUCUUGAAGUAAAAACAAACAGUAUCACUGUGUGAAAUCGGAGUAGAAGUGUAAAGGAAACUUAAAUUAGUCAAGUGGAUAUUUAAAGGUGUGGCAUGUUAGCCCUAUGAUUGCACUGGCUGCAUUAAGGCAGAAAUAAAUCAAACAUGAUGUGUUUUCUCUUAAUCCAGGAUUGUUAUCAUCACAGAAAUGUCAUUUUGUUAACCUUUAACCAGAGUUACUGAUCGCCCUGUGUCCGUCGUCCGUGGCAGCGGCGUUGGCAUCGUCAACAAUUUGACUGUUAACACUCUAGAGGUCACAGUUUUGGCCCAAUGUUAAUGAAACUUGGUCAGAAUGUUACCCUCAAUAAAAUCUUGGACGAGUUCGAUAUUGGGUCAUCUGGGGUCAAAAACUAGGUCACCAGGUCAAAUCAAAGGAAAAGCUUGUUAACACUCUAGAGGUCACAUUUUUGGCCCAAUCUUAAUGAAACUUGGUCAGAAUGUUACCCGUAAUAAAAUCUUGGACGAUUUCGAUAUUUGGUCAUUUGGGGUCAAAACCUAGGUCAUUAGGUCAAAUCAAAGGAAAAGCUUGUUAACAAUGUAGAGGCCACAUUUAUGACUAUAUCUUCAUGAAACUUGGUCAGAAUAUUAAUCUUGAUGAUCUCAAGGUCCAGGUUGAAUCCGGGUCUUGUUGGAUCAAAAACUAGGACUUAUGACCAUAUCUUAAUGAAACUUGGUCAGAAUGUUAAUCUUGAUGAUCUAUAGGUCAUGUUCAAAUCAGGGUCAGGUGGGGUCAAAAACUAGAUCACAAGGUCAAAUCAAAGGGAAAGCUAAUUAACACUCUAGAGGCCGCAUUUAUGACUGUAUAUUCCUGAAACUUGGUCAGAAUGUUUAUCUUGAUGAUCUUUAGGUCCAGUUCGAAUCUAGGUCAUGUGGGGUCAAAACUGGGUCACUGGUAUAUAUCAAAGGAAAAGCUAGUUAACACUUUAGAGGCCACAUUUAUGACCAUAUCUUAAUGAAACUUGGUCAGAAUGUUAAUCUUGAUGAUCUUUAGGUCAAUAGGUCAGGUGAGCGAUAAAGGGCCUUCAUGGCCCUCUUGUUUUAGUAACAAGUUAUUACUUAAGCACAAGGAUGUAUUUAUGUUUGUAUAUUAAACUUCAAUCUAACAACACUAUCUUACUUUAGGAAUUGAAUACUGAUAGUUACUUUGUAUAUUGUAUUAUUUAGAUGAUAAUAUGUAUAGUUUGUAAAAAUUCAUUUUAGUGCUUAUAGCCUAAAACUUUGAAAAAGACAUUUCUCAAAAAAGCUACAGUUCUAGAUGGGAGGGUAAAAACCUUGCAGUCAUAAUCUUUAUUGAUUGUUGUGCAGUAGAUGUAGAGUGGGAGACUCAUUUUUCUAAAACAUUUCAUUUAAACAUUAUUCAAAUGUAUCCUUGUUUCUUCUAGUGAUUCAACAAAAUGCUUCAUUUGCUGCAGUGUAUAUAUUAUUUAGAAGUAUUAUAUUUAUUGAAUGAUUUUGAUCAUGAAUAAAAUUUUGGAAAUUCUAA